AUGGACCAUGUGCUUCUUUUCUUUGCAAGUGCAUCGCACGGAAACCACGGUCCUCGUGGGCACGGGUCCGUCGUCGUCCGACUACAGGCGCAGUCACAUGCGGCAGGCGCAGUGUGGAUUGAUAGCUUUGACCUGUGCUCGUCUUGGGUACCGUGGCUGUGUACCGCGGUUUGGCUUUUGAUCUGCGAGCGGCUAAACACAGCGACUUUACGCCGUUGCACGUCAUUGGAGACGAUUACCUGGUCGUUUCGCAGCUUUGACUACACCGAUCGCCUCGGCAUCCGCACCUCGCUGCACUAUAUCGUACUGCCUGGAUACUAG